GAAAUUGCAUGAGGGGGAGUUAUGAUGAAGUUGAGCAAGCACAAUAGGACUGCAAACAAAUUGAAAUGAGGAAAUGGUCAUUGUCAGAAUGAUUCCAGAUGAAGGUGAAGAUAUGUCUUUGUCAGGCAGAAGUUCGAAUUUACCAGAAAGAAGAAGAGCAACUGAACUUUGUGAUAGAUGACAUUUUGUAUGUGUUUGGUGAUUUUGACUCAUACAAGUUGCGUCACACUGAGCUCAAUUGUGGCUUGAUCUCUUUCGGAGGAAAGAUGUGUCAUGGCUUAGUGAGAAACAUCACAUAAGUUGCAUCCCUUGUGAAAAGGCUGAUGAAGCACAAAAUAAAACUUUGGGCUGAAACAGGAACUUGGAGACAGCAAAAGGAAACUCCGCCUAGCCACAGCAAAAUGGUGAGCCUUCAUCGAGCGAGAAUUGCGAAUGGCACAUUUUACUGAGAACAACCCAAGAAAGAUGCUUCUUUCCUGGCUGCUGCUCGGCUCGCUGCUCCCAACUCUGGUUCUCCUCUCGGAUCUGAAUGGAUGCAUCAUUCACGAAACCAAUGGCUCACAUGACGCAUUAAUGGAGUCAUUGCGGUGUCACAACGACUACGAAUCGUACGUCUACUGCAAGUGGAGGGAGGGGCCACACGUACGCGGACCACUCCGGCUUUGGUUCCGCACACAACACGGCGGGGAGCCGUGUGAGCCCUUUGGGGCCGUGGUCCAAAACGCAGAUGGGCACAGGACGGUCCAGUGUCGAUAUCAAACGCGUUCUUUUUCCAUCGGUAUCCAGCACACGGGCUUCUUCGUCAAAGACGAUGCUGAACUCUGUUCCACUUUCGCAAGCAAGCCCGUGAAGCUUUCUCAUCACUUGAGAGCACGCACACCGGCCGAUGUGUCAAAAUAUGACACUGUAGAUGGGCAGCUGGGGAUCAAAUGGUCCAGUCCUUAUCCUGCCUUCUCCUCCCUGAACAAAAACCUCCUGUACCAAUUUGGUUACAAGGCAGAAAGGCAGGACACAUGGAAUAUUAAGAAUGUGACGAGCACAGACGUCAAAUUAGACACACGACUGCUGCUUCCGGGUCACAGGUACGAGGCCAGAGUGAGGGCCUGGGCCCACGUGGGCCAGUGGAGUCAAUGGAGUCCCGUGGUGACGUGGAGGAAUAAAGAAGCUCAGCUUCCCAACUUGUAUUGUGUACUUGAUGGUGAGAAGAAUGUGACGUGUAGCUGGGAGGUGAGCAGAGUGCUCGUAAUUACCUACCAGCUGGCCUGUCAACAAAACCACACCGCACCGUCUGAGAGCUGCUGUAGGUACCCCACAGUGACCUUUAACCCCAGUAGGUCACUGGUGCGAUACAGCUGCUCGCUGUAUGUCGCAAAUCCUACGCAUUUGCUUCUGGAACUUCGACCGAGCCGCAGUGCAAAGACGUUUCAGGCCAGUGAGCACAUUUGUCCCAGGGCACCACAGCAAGUGAAAGUGAAAGAGAAAGACAACGACUGGAUUGUGCAAUGGACUAAACCCAGCACCGCUUCAAGAAUCCGACUAUAUUAUCAAGUGCGCUAUUACGGGAUGCCGGAUAAGGGGUCAUCUGUCCUGUUGAAUGUUUCCGAAGGCUCUACAUGGGUGAGCAUUCUUGGUGCUUCUCUGAGCCCAUCCCAGCGCCACCAGGUCCAAGUCAGAUCUGUGGUCAUCCCCGGAGAGGGUUCGCUCUAUGAAGGAAUUCCCUCAGAAUGGACAGAGCCGGAAGGCUGGACCUCACACGCAGCCACGUGGUCCAUCAGCACCAUUGUUUAUUUCUGCAUCGGUGUAACAGUGAUCAUAGUCUUCGUCAUGCUCGUCUGGACUGUCUUCGCAUGCCAAAGGAAAAUCAUUCUUUGGGUUGACACCGUUCCGUCUCCUGCCAAAAGCAAAACCCUGUCAGAGAUCAAGUCUGCCACCAGACGGAUCUUUAUAGAGAACGAGAACACGUACAUCUGCAAAGUGCAGCAAUUGCACCGCUUAUCUCCACGCUCCUCUCUAUGGCCAUCUGAGGGUGCAGAAAAUAAAGAUGUGGAGCAGGACCGACAGGACUACAAGUGUAAUAGCUUGGCCCUCCCUGCUGAGAAGGUUAAUGGCUGUAACCUUCCGGUGCACUUCAACGGCCCAUAUAUCUGCUGUCAGUCUAUAGAAUCCAACCACAUGUGUGAAGAGACACAGGAGGACAAAGUAACUUCACCAGACGUUCCUUCGUCGGCGGUCUUCUCCCCGAACGGCAAAGGUUACGUGUGCCUCCCGCGUGGCAGCGUUUCCACUUUGGCAUCAGAUCUGGCGUCGCACUGGGAUGCCGACGCCAUCGUGCAGAAGCGUGAGCAGAACCGCCACAGCUGUGCAGAUAGCACAGUGUGGGACGAUGAACUGGUCGACAUCAGGCCCGAAAACGCUGAUCCGCCUCCGACCGACAGCGCCGAUCCUUCUUGCCCUGGCGUAAGGGCCUCAGGGUACUGUCUUCUGCCCACUCCCUUUUAGCCCCAACUCGUACUCAUGUAUGUUGAGCAUGUUGGGCUCGAAUUUGUUGUGCUUACUGAAGCAAAGGGAAGUAGAUGUUCUGAUGAGCUGAAGCCUCAAACGCUAUUUAUUAUAAGUGAGAAAAUCCUGUAACUUAACCGAGAAAAGGCGCGCGGCCGUCGUCAAGCAAAAAUGAAUUGCUUACUUGUUGAGUCGAUAAAAAGUCCACCUUGAAAUCUUUCAAUAUAAAAAACAGCAGCAAAUAACUAUGUCACAUCUAACCAGUGGGGGGCAGUAUUUAUCUGAGCCCAAAAAAUCAUUUGGGCUAAAGUCAUCUUUUUUACCAAAACAGAAAUAAGCUCUAAAAACAGACAUCAAAUAAUCUUUUGCAAAUAAUCUGUUGCUGCUUCUAUAAAAAGCCAAAAAGUCAAGAGUACAUAAGUUCAUAAGUCGGGUCAUGUUUGCUUUAUGGUCAUACAUGCAUGUUUGCACAGAGGUGUGUGUUUUUGCAACUUGUUAUCAAUGUUGAAGCUUGGUAAAUGCAUAAAAUAUGUUCUUGACAUUAUGAUGAUACUGACCUGCAGCAGUCAUGCUGCUGCGAAGACAUUUAGCUUCAGGUACAUCGUGUAUUGGCGGGCUUUUCUUGAAAGAUUGUAAAUCGGACACUUGGGGUCACUCAGAGUGUGAGUGGUUUCUUCAUAAACACACACUUUAUACAGAAGGAAAAAUAGUACUUGAUGAAUCCCUAAUAUUUGCAAAUAAUUGACAGCCUGUAAAUGUCAAGUAAAAUAGUUUUAUUAGGCUUUUGUACGGGUCACAGCGUCCACUAGAAUUAAUUUACACAUUCGAAUGGUUUCGGUGUCAAAACUUGAGUUGUUCAUUGGGAAACUCCCCCAAGCAGGAAAAAUAUUCAAUAUUCUUGAGGGUGUCACAUGAUCUAAUUGGGUGUCCAUAUAAUUUAGUAAUGUGGCUGAUUUGUGCUGCACCUGCUUUCACACUCCCAAACAAAAUUCCAAAAAUUAACACCUCCUGUCAGACAUCAGUGGAGAAUAUUUGAUUGACCUCAGUCCAAAAAACGGCUUCAUUUGCUUUUGUGGUGUAAAAGUCAAGUUCAGACUAUGACAGUCUCAAUUUAUCUUACAUGAAAUGUUUUAUUUUUGUUUUGGCUAAACUUUUGAAUGUUUGUGUUAAUGUGAUUUGCAGUUGAAGGUUGGUGCCAGUUUUGUAACACAUUUGAGGAAACACCUAGCAUCACCUUGGAAUUGAAAAAAAAGGAAAAAUAUGGAGCCGGUCUCUCCUUUGCGGUGUGUGGAAUGCGCAGUGGAAUUUUUUUUUUUUAUCCCGAAGAGCGCUGGGACACAGUCGUGCUGGAACAAAAAUGGGUCUUUCCCAAAAAUGUUCCCACAAACUUGUGAGCAGUGGAAGCAAAUGUGAAUCCCAAUCCGAUUGUGAUGCUGUUUGACUUCAAAGUUGUUCUAAUUCCAAAAUAAAAUGAAGAUUUGUGUCAUCAUCUAUUAUGAAGUUACAGGCCAUGUUUGAGAUUUAAAAAGUUGUUUUUGUGUUUUUAGCUUUCCAUCCUUUGUCAGCAGCCCCCAAAGAAACAGUGACAUUCCUGAGUCUCCUAGUCAGCGUCAGGCUAUUGUUCCUUUGCAAGCGCUUGAGUGGAUCCACUGAUUUAGAGUGUGCUGCUUCACGCUUGUGUGCAUCAUGUUCUCCGUUGUCGUACAUAAAAACAGGAAAAUAAAGGGAUUGGAAGGUG